AUGGCGCAUCUCAACGUCAAGCCGGACCCGGCGCUUCUGAAGCUGGAGGCGAUGAACAAGGCUCGCCACCGCUACUUCCGCUUCACGGGCAGAACAGCUAGAAUCAGCUUCAUUUACAUGGCCGUUGUCCCCGCCAUCUUCGGCUGGGUCGCAUACAAGACAGACGGCCUUUGGGAUCUCCGAGCGAAGCGAAAGGGCGACACCUGCUACGAGAAAUAA